AUGGUGGUGGAGGCGACGAACGAUCGCACCCUGGACCCCACCACCCCCAUGGAAGAGGAGUCAUUGCUGCAGAGAGAGAAGAGGAAGAGGGGGACCCUGGAGGCGGCCCCCCUGCGGCGACACCGGAGCAAGGGACCCGGAGGACGCGCCAUCCCCGGCUCCCCCUGUAGACUUCCCCCCUCAUACUUCCGAGAGGAGGAAGUGGCAGAGGUAGGGGCCCCCGAGAUAGGAACCUCCGAGGAUGCACCCAAGGAGGCAUUAGAGCAGGCUGCCACCAUGGAGGCACCCGAUGGAAGCCACCACCAUGGCCAAACCAACCUAGGCAGAGGCACCCAUGCCCAAGAUCUGUGGAUCCACAAUCUUGCGGAGAUGAGUGUCGGCCUAGGAUUGGUCACAGAGCCGCACUUAAUCCCGGCCGGUAAUCCAAACUGGCUGGGCAGCAAGUGCAGCUUAGUGGCCGUGGUGGCUAAUCCCACAACGGGCGCCCCCCUGCAAAGUCAGGAAGAGGGAGCACAUAGAGAAGGCCUAGGCGAGCUUGCCCGUAUUGUGAGGGUCCUGGACAGGGUCGGGGACGUGGUACGGCAGUGCCACCCCCGACCUGUAGUCGUCGCCGGGGACUUUAACGCCCACUCGGAUGAAUGGGGCUGCAGUCCCUGGCAAUGGGACCCUUGGAGCAAGACCGUGGCCGAUUGGGCCUCGUGUUAA